CGUAUGUUUGUAUAAGAAAUGGUCUUGUAGAUCAUUUGAUUGGAUAUCUGAAAUGUCAUCAGAUGUUGAAGAGGUUAUGUCGAAAAUGUUUACCUAAAAACCUAAAUAAAAUAAUGGAAAAAACCUAGAACUUAUAAAAACCCGUCAAAUGCGUUCAUCAGUUAGUUACAUCCUUUCGAGUACAACAUCAGAACCAAACAUGUCGCAUCCCGAUUAUGAUCAAUACUCACACGAUCAUGCCUCUCUGUUAAUACUAGUGAAGCAAAUAGGUCCAUACUUAAAGAUGAAAACGUUUAAUAAAUUUUACGAUCGUAUAACUCGGCUAGGUAACGUUAAGAUAACCGAUUCGACCGGUCAAGUUCGUAACAUCUUGGUACGUUACGUCAAGGAGCAUCCUGUUGAAAAUAACGACUGGGGCGAUUUUCAAACGCACCGUCGCUUGCUGGGAUUGGUGUCGCUGGGCAAGUACGACUCGCAACAGGAGCUAAACGAAAUUUGUCGUGUUCACGAAAGCUUGAAAGUGAAGUACACCAGCACGUUGUACGAUUCGAGAUGCAUACUGUUUGGAAUUACGGAUGAAAGAGAAUAUCCGCCGAGUGAUAACAGUAGCCCUGAAGAGGAAAGUGUGAAGAGUGUGCAGGAAGAUAACACGAGUUCACCUGAGGAGGGUGCUACAGUUCGAGAAAAGUUUACAACCCCCACGAAUUUUAAGACGAGAGCGCUAUUUUAUAAUGAAUCAGAUCCGUGUACCGAUUUAGAGAAUCAGUUGACCGAAUUUAUUAACUCUCUGUUUUGGGUGUUGGAGUCGAAACGAUUGGAACGGUCGAGGGAGAAGUUGGAGCGGGUGUCGUUGUUGUUAGCCCCCUUCGAGAAGAAAGAUUUUGUUGGUUUAGAUAUGGAUUCGCGUAAUAAUAAAAAACGUUGCACAGGUCGCAUGACUAAACAUUUGGGCGAUCUGUGUCUACAGGCUGGUCUGCUAGCCGAAAGCAUUGCGUAUUACCAUAGUGCUGCUGAGACUUUAAAGUCGGUCAACGAUUGGUUAUGGUUGGGGGCCGCCUUUGAGGGGCUUUGUGCCGCAUCUGCUUUAGUAUUAUACCCCAAUAUACAGCGCACUGUUUCGCUGCAUCGAAAUGCAAGUCUACAAGAAGGCUCGCCUAAGCGUUCCAACUCGAUUACCACAACGGUCGGAAUUGUCAGACGUGACAUUGUCAACAUGCUUCCCCCGGACGAAAUUUCUAAAAAGUACCGGGAAGCAAUCAUCCAUUACAGCAAAUACCAAAAUGCGGGCAUCGUCGAGACCGAGGCCAGUUUCAAGGCGGCGCGAAUAUCGGUCGAACAGAGCCACUCGUUGCAGGCGGCCAGCUUUCUGCAGAACGUCGUUUUCAUUAACCUAACACUGUCCGAGCAGGAGAAGAUACAGAGAUUUGAAAAGUUGUCGGAUUUAUACUUGCAAAUCGGGUUUACGAGGAAGGCGGCGUUUUGUCAAAGAUUGGCCGCCACCAGGCACGUUUCCCCGCAAAAUCCGACGCCGAACUGGAACAAAUGUUACACUUUGAUAUUGCAAAGUUUUCCCGGUCACAAAAUCACAUUGGAUCCUACGGAAAUGUGUCACGAUAAUCAACAAAGUGGUUGGCCGGCUCUACAAAUCCAACUCCUUCAAGAACUUGUGGUUGCCGCAAAACGUAUGGGCCAUUCCGCUCUAGCAACCAGACACAUGACAUUCCUCUUACAAACCAUGUGGGAACACCUAUCGGCUUCGGAACAGAAAGAAUUAGCAAUCCAAUUACAGUCGCUAUCGUCACAGUGCGAGGGCGCACCGGUACCGUUAGUAUUAGACAGCGGAAUAGUAAUUCCGCCGGCGAAUUUAAGCAACGUGCCCGUCUGCUUAGGUUUCGGUCUACGAAAUUUACAGCCGCACCUGCAGCCUCGCAAAAUUGAAACGUUCAAGCAGGAUAUUGGACCGUUUCUAUUUACGCCUAUUAAAUUCGGCACGCUCGAGCGUACGAGUAAUAAGCCACAAAGUAAAAUGGACUUCUUAUGGGUGGAAAACGAUGUGUGCGAAGUUACUUUGAAACUAGUAAAUCCACUACCGUUUGAACUAAAGGUAUCGAACAUGAGAUUGCUAACGUCUGGUGUGGUGUUCGAGUCGAUUCCGGAAACGGUGAUUCUACCGUCGGACACGCCAACGUCCCUGACUCUAAACGGAACUCCCAAAGAAAGUGGCGAAUUGGAGAUUUUAGGUUACAGUACGCACACGUUGGGCGUCAAAUCAAAUUGUCGUCUGCGAUAUAUGCCCAAUUUUCUUCCGUCGUACAGUAUUGAUGUGAUUCCGAUACUUCCAACGAUGGAAAUCAAAACUUCGUUGCCUCAAAGCGCGACGUUCUCCUCGUUGCAAAAUUUUGAAAACGUGGUGACGUCGGCGAGCAUUAGUUUGUACAAUGGCGAGAGUACCGAAUGCACCAUCACACUAACGAACAAUAGUCACGUGCCGAUCGAGAUGAUUGAAGUGUCGAUACAGAGCGUCCUCGAGGCGUCACUGCAGGAUCAGAUCUUCAAAUGGUCGCAAGAAAAUUUGGAAAGCCAGCUACCGCUGAUGCCGAACGGUACGGCCAGCUUAACGUUGUACCUGUAUUCCGCUGCAAACUUCCUCACGGCGGGGUUUGGGCAAAAUGAGUUAAGCAGUGGAGUUUUCGGUAGCUCGCAUGGUAGUGGCAGUAUUAUGUCUAUGUCUGUGGGUCCAAGCUCACUUCCGUCUCGACUCAACUCGCCCAGUACUAUGGGAAGCAGCUUCCACGGUACAAGGCGGAACGAGCUAAAUGCGAGUUUCAGGUCGUCCAACUCGGGCCAGUCCAGUAUGACGACCACCGGGUACAGAUCACCUGGUGCACUGACACUUCCACAGCAUGCUGCGUCGGCCGUCGUCGAAGGGCAGCUGCAAUUGCGAUACAGCGGAGGUGCAGGUUUCCAGGCCGGCUACUGCAGAAGCUGCUCCAUUUUCAUCACCUUAGAAAUGUUACCCUCCAUACAGGUGACAAAUUGGGACGUUUUACCCGCCGAAACAUCCUCCCAGUUUUAUUUAGUUUUAGACAUCGCCAAUAUGACAUCGCAAGAAAUGGAAUUGCAUUACACCCCCACGAAGCACAUGCUGAUCGAGAGUCACGAAAGUUGUCGCAUUCCGGUACCCGUGAACCGCUGUCCGUUAUCGAAACUAACGAAGCUUUACAUGGAUCAGAACAGCGCGACCAACAAUCACCUAGACCUGGACAGAAUAUGUUCGGAUCACAUCGCUAACUUGGUAGAUUUACGUUGGCACCUGCUCUCGCUCAACACGAAGGGCAAGGCGAGCCUAAAGGGCAUUACGUUGACACCGAACAUGCUGGACAUCGUGCGCAUGUCUCCGUUAAAUUGGGAGGUAAGCGUAAACGGAGAUUCUCUCAAGCCGCAAGAGGAAAUUAAUUGCGACGCCGGCGAUUGUCUGAGCGUGCGCAUCGGCGUCAGUAACAGCUUAGAGAAACCGUUACAGCAAUUAAUGCUUUCUGUACAGUUUUAUCAAGACCAUCGAAAUGGUACACAUAAUUAUAAGCUCGAGACUCGUGUUGUUAUUGUGGGAUGCGCAAAAAAAGUUCUGCCAAUACUGGAGCCGCAAUGCAAGGUAUGGCACGCUUGCAGUGUACUAUUUUUAACACCAGGCCAAUACAAAAUGGAUAUACAGUGUUGUACACCCGACCAAUCCAUGACGCACUCUCCUGUCGUGUCCUCCUCUGGUCAUUCAUGGAGAUACAUUCCCGUCGUCGAUGUAAAUGUGCACAUAUAAUUUUCAUAAAUAUAGCUACAAUUUUUUUUACAAA